ACGGAGUCGUGCCCAGAAGUUCCUUUCUUCUCUCAUCGAGGAAAAGCGCGAUGAUGCAUCGUGUCAAUGGAAUUCAUAGAAACCGGUCGGUGAAAACGCGAGCCGCGCGGAUCGUGAGAUUGUAUUUACUGUCGCUUCAAUGAUCCACGGAGAGACGACCGUCGAGCGCAGCGGAUAAGGAGCUUCGAGAGACGAUAAAAGAAUCGAACGUUAUCGCACGAAUUAGUGACGGCUAUUGUACCUGAGAUGCUAUUGCAGGGAACCAGUGGCAGGACCGUGGACCGCGUUAAACAUCGUGUAAAAGCUUGACAGUGAAAACGAUAACGGAGAAUGACGAAAAGGACGAAGAGAGGAUCGAGAAUUUCAACGGAUUAACAUUCCAGCAACGUUCCUAACCACUUCGAAAUUCAUCGUGACAACGCGAACGAUAAGAAGAAUCUAUAAGAAGAAUCAGGCGAAGCUUUUUAAUGGUUUUUGAUCAGCUCGAAGUCUACCUUGUCACCAAACACGAUAAGAGAUACAACAAUGUUAACAAUGGUAAAAAAUGACGAGUAUCACUGACUUUAUUAAAUGUGUAUUCUAGAUGCGUUUUUUGAUGGUUUGUUCGUGAACGUUUGACGCGCAGAGGCAGUAUACGUAUAGGAUGAUAAUAAAAAAUGUAAGUUUCACCGAAUCAACGUUCCAAGAACAUUCUUAUUAAUUCAUCUACCUGGAAAUACGUUGUGACAACUAAAAUGAGUAGCACGAAGAUUUCAGCUAUGUCGUCCCACGAUUUUCAUAUAUCAAGCUUCAACGCGACAAUAGCACGGUAAUAAUAAGAAUGAGAAGAAGCAUAAAGAAAAAGAACGGUGAAGAUCUACAAGUUUCAUCGAACCAACAUUCCAAGAGCGUUCUUGGCAGUUCACCUACCUCAAAAUCCAUUCUCCCUCUCUCCUGAGAUACCUAUGGCGCUUAGCCACGAUCUCCAAAGCGUGAUUCGAAGGAAAGGGUGCGAUCUUACCGCGUUGACAGUAUCACAGGUAAAAGAAGAAAGUGAGAAAAUAAAAAAACGAAGAUAUGCAAUAAUAAGAGAGGAGUGGCAUAACUCGCACAUAAUGCGUCGCAAUUAACCCCCCUCGCUUACAUGUAAUUUUAAUAAGUACGCGUUACGGUAUGUAUAAAUUUGCAUAGGCACACAGAACGUAAUAAGCACCUGGAAUUAAUGUUAUCGCGCGCGAGGCAGUAGCCGGGAUUAAAAAUGUGUCCGAGCGUCUGCAUGGAUGAGAGAACGGUCGGUCCGGUCAUGGACCAAAAGAAAUGCAAAAGGAAACUCGAAUAUAUGUAUAAAAUUCGUGUUGCGAUAGCACGUUUACAUCGUUUAACAUGUACCAUAUAUUUGACUCGAUUGUUAAAUAAUCAUCAAGAUACAGUAUGAUGUGACUUUGCUUUCAAGGUAUCAACCGUUUAUGAAGUCCGAGUGUCGGUCGUACGUGUCGUCUACUAGCUGCUACAACAGAGGAAGAAAGAUGACAAGGAAAAGAGAGAGAGGAAAAGAGAUAAACAAGCAGAAGACAAGGAGAGUAAGAAUAAAAGAAAGAGAGGGAUUUACGAGCGAAUUAUCUGGUAUUUUCUUUCAGCCUGCGGACGGCUAAGCAAAGGUCAAAAGUUGAGCAAUGCUAUCCUUAUCGAUGCAAACACCGCCUUCGCAUAUGCAGUGCGCAAGCAUCGAGAGAUUGGCGGGACUUCUUGCCUUCUCGCGUGAAAACGUUCACGCUAGUCACGCUGGUGCCAUUGUCGAAGAAAAUCUUGAUCGCGUGCCGCACCAAUUUUUCUCCCUGAUUUCCGCUUUGCCGUGACACUUUCGAGAGGCUUUACUGUUAUAUCGACGAAUUACUUUCAGUGAAUCGUCCAGAGAAGAGAACGAUAUCGAGAUACUCGUGAAUCAUAGAGCAGGUUAUACGAAGCACCCGAUUAUUAGAAUCGUUAAAGAUGUAUCACGAACGAGAAGACUUAUUGCGAGGAUCUUGUGUACCCUCGAGACUCGUGCUCGAUAGAAACCGCACGACGAAAUUAAGGGAGCACGCAUGGUUGUUUCACGUGCGGAACUUCCGGUUGCUGAUCCGUGCGAACACACACAAGCGACAAAUAGAUUGACGAUUGCCGAUAAAAAGAUAGAAACGGAUGGAAAGCGAGAGAAGGGGCAAAAGAGGAGAGACGCGAGUCGGUGUACACACAUAAUGUACGAGUCCUGAGAGGAGUCGGAGUCCCUCCCGGAGGCGCGGCGCCGCGCCGCGCCACGGCACGACGUUGUGACUAUAAGUAAGUCUCGCGCGGCGCGCCGCGGCUUAAUGCCGUUGCCGCGUUCGUGGCGCCAAGAGGAGGGCCCAUUGGCGACGAUAAGCCUCCUUCGUGUCCGGCACGAACGAGAAAAAGAAAGAGAGAAAAAACGGAGAUAGAUACACAGCAGUCAGCUUUCACCCGCGUUUCAGCAGUGAAUAUAUAUACCCCGUCGGGGUGUGGAUCGAAACAGUGUAGAUAAUACGUAGCUGUCAGUCGUAUCCGGCCAGUGUCAGUCUAGAGUUAGUGUCGGCGAACAGAGUGACCGAGUGUCGUUCGCGAGCCACUCAAUAACACCUAUCGGAAAGAUAAACUUUCAACCCUUAAACGUUAUCAUUCGGAACUCGAUGAGAUCUGCUUCGUACGUUCUUUCUCACUUGCUAUUCUAGAUAAGUUAUCCAUGUUUUUUUUUUAAUUCCAUUUAAAUUCGUAUCACCACCGAAUCGAGGUUUAUGGUCGAAACAAUUUUUUAAUCCUCUUACAAACGUACUCUUUGCUUCUACUUCAAGUGGAUAAUCCUUUUAUCACCAAGUGAUUGUAAAAUUACUUGUGUCCUGUGAUUCGCGUAUUCUAUUAUUCGAUAGUAAUAGAAAUCGGUGCAAGUGUCAGACAUAGAGAGUAGUGACAAAGACAGAGAGGGAACAGUGAACCGAGAAGCAGUGGAAGGUGAUUGAUAUCCAGGGGAUACGCAUGGUCCGUCCGGACCGGGGAAGAUCACCUCUGUCGACGAGCACGGACCUUUCUACUGGCCCGUUUGGAUGGUGAUCAGCACGGAAGCGUUUUAACGUUCAAACAACCAUGUCGGGGCUGCUUUACACGCUUUUAGGGUUGGCGGCUAGCUCGAGCCUUCAUUGCGCUGUUCGCCGCGAGAUAAGCCCAUGCACCUGCCGACAGGAAGCGUUCUCCAGCACCGUUAUCAACCCGGCGCAGGCUGCUGUCGCUGCUGUAGCCGCCGCGGCUGCUGCUACGACCGGUAACAAUGCCGGUCACCAUGGACACGGGGAACGGAUCGAGGUCGUAUGCGAACGGAUGGACUCUUUCGAACAAGUGGCAGGGGCAUUAAGGGGCAAAUUCACCACCGAGCAACAAAUUACUUUGCGUGUUUCUCAUUCAAAUCUCAGGGAUAUAUCGCGGCAUGAUUUCAAAGAGCUGCGGAUGUCCAUUACGAAGCUCGAGCUGAAUCACGAUCGUCUAGGGUUCGUAGACGGCGAAGUUUUCGCGGGGUUGGGAAGAACGCAAUAUCUUAGUCUCGCGGAUAACGAAGUACCAUCUAUACCGAGACAUAUUCUGUCGCAUCUCUCAUUGCUGAGGACCCUAGAUCUCAGCAGAAAUCGGAUAAGCCGUAUAGACUCGGAUGACUUUAAGUACAACCCGACAUUACAGCAUCUCCUGUUGGCCGGAAAUGCGAUUUCAGAAAUGGUGCCAGGCUCGUUGCCACCAUUAGUGAAGCACCUACACGUUGGCCGCAAUCAGUUACAAAGCCUGAAUCGAACGUUACGAGAUUUGAAUCAGUUGGAGUGGUUGCUAAUUAACGCCAACGAGCUCACGUCUUUAGAUGGCGAGCUACCGUCUUCUGGCCAUAACCUGAAGAUGCUCUACGCCGUGGACAAUAAAUUAACUCACUUGCCAGCAGAAUUUCGCUACUUACAUCGUUUAGAAAGUCUGUAUCUUCAGCACAAUAAGAUUCGCAGUCUCGAUGGCACGCUGCAAAAGGCUCGUAGAUUGAAGUUUCUCGAACUUUCGUACAACGAUCUGCAAGAGUUAACGGAAGAAGAUUUCCUAGAAGCAGAGAUGUUAGAAGAUCUAGAGCUCGGACACAAUUCCUUAAAAUCGUUGGGUAGCGCGGGUAAUGGUAAUGGCGACGGAAACGGGGGCAACAGUGUCCUUUACCCUCUCAGGUCUCUCAAGUGUUUAAACUUGACGCACAACGAGCUUCGCGAGUUCUCAUUCGCGUCACUUCGUGGCCUGCGCGAGCUACGAUUGCUCGAUCUCUCGAACAACAGAAUCGCGCGACUCCACAGAGGAAGAACGCCGUCAGAGAAUUUAGUAGAAGAGGAAGGGGAAGAAACGGCGGGCGGAAAUAUUCAAGAUAUGCAACUGCAGCACAACGAGCUUCGAAGCUUGGAUGGCUCGUUAUUCCUUGGAAUGAAGGAAUUACAGAAGCUGAAUCUCAGUUACAACGCUUUAGGACCGACGAUUGGACAGCGUGAUCUACGAGGCCUCGAUGGUCUCAAAGUCCUCGAUCUCUCUCACAACGAGCUUACUACACUCGAAGAUACGUCAGAGACGUGGCUUCCUUCCCUGGAGGAAUUAAACGCAUCGCACAAUCGUCUGGUAACAUUGUCCGAGAGAGACUUCCGUGGAUUUCCUGUUCUCUGCUGGGCAGAUGUGAGCGCGAAUCGGAUACGUACUCUGAUGCCGGAACUCGUGGCGAACACACGUUGCACCGUUCACGGUGUGCCUGACGUGCUUCGCAUAUAUCUUCAAGAUAAUCCGGUGUUGUGCGAUCCUGGACUAGCAGACUUGACCGUGGCUUUCGAAGUCAAUCACGCGAAAGUCUAUGGUGUGGCCAAUAAUUGUCCAACGACCGUUGCAACUCCCACCGAGCAAACGUCGCCGCUUCCGCCGUUACCACCGACGCUGUUAUUGGCCGCCGCCGCGGCUGCUUCCGGAGGAAAUGUUUCUUUCGCCGCGACCCUCGAGUAGUCCAUUAGAAGUAGAAUGAGAAUCGUAGGACGCAAUCGAUGGGCAAAAGAAAGUUCGAACGGAAACGAAGAAGAAGAAGGAAGAAACGGUCGAGAGGAAGAAUUUAUUCGAUUCGUGGUCGCCCGUUUACACAUGCAAUGCAAACGAUGAUAGACAUACGUGAGAUGGACACGGUGACGUUGAAAAGCCCGUUCUAUUGAUCAUUGUGAUAAAACAGAAGUGUAAAGAAACGGGCGGUGUGAAUCUUGGUAUAGCCUCGCUUUCAAGUUCGACACGGGCGUUUUAGUUCGUUUAAUCUAAUCCGCUUGCGUGUAUUUCUUGGAAGCAUCCAAAUAAAAAAAAGCAUUGUAUAAUAAUAAUAGGAUAACACACACACACACACAUAUAAAUA